AUGGUCCCAUAUGGAGUCAAGCGCAGUUCAGCCUACAGGGAAUCCAAGAUGGCUGCUCGCAAAGCUGCGGAGCGGGCUCGGCGAGCUCAGGAGGAGAAGGGCAUGAUCCUAGACCCGAAGAAGCAGCUGCGGAUGGAAAUUAAACGAAAUUCAGGCAUCGGAUGGUACCGAGCAGCUCAAAUCAUCAAGCAUCUGGAAAUGCAUGAGCGUGGCAAGGGGCCGCCAAUGGACCAGGCCAUGCGCGACAGGAUAACGGACAUUGCCAGAGUGGUGAGGAUGGGCAGAUGA